AUGGCGGCUUUGAUGAAGCGGCGGAGAAGGAUUCGGCGCAGAAGAAACAUGUACCACAAGAGAGGCUUGCGGGCAAUAAAGGCUAAAAACGGUGGCGUUUUCCCCCGUCACGACGCUAAAUCCAAGGUCGCAGCUCUCGUUGAGAAGCCCACCAAGUUUUACCCGGCUGAAGACGUUAAGAAGCCUCUCGCCAACAGAUGCAAGCUCAAAGCAAGCAUUACUCCAGGAACUGUGUUGAUUAUUCUUGCUGGUAGAUUUAAGGGCAAGAGAGUUGUCUUCCUCAAGCAACUUUCUUCUGGUCUACUCUUGUGUUCUAACUUCUAA